CCAUUGUUAACUAUACAAACACCCCGAUGAUUAAACUAAUUAACCCAUGUAUAAUGUAAUUUUACGGUGAUUAUCGGUCCAUUAUUACCAGUUUACCACGCACGGGGCCUGCAGUAAAAAAAAACGGCAACUACACACGGGCCGCAGUAAAAACCAGCGGGUGUGUGGGUGUGGUUGUGCGUGUGCUCAAAUAGGCAGACGCCUCCCCCCACUCACAAAGCAAACCCUCGCUCUCAAAUCUCCUCGCUCCGCCUCCGCCUCCGCCUCCGGCCGCGCCGCCGCGCCGCCGCGCCGGGAGACCCGCCCCGCCACGGCCCGCCGACGAAGAACGCAAGCAGACGACACCGCAGAUGCAGAUCUCGCCGCUCUGACCGGGAAACGCGCCGACGGACUGACCGAACGCUCGCCGAACGCAUUUCGCCACGAAUCCACCGCCCCCCGUCGGAGGAAAGGAGGAGGCUUUCCCGUCCGUCCGCCCCUCCCUAGGGCCCGAUGCACCCGAGGUCGCGCAUUCGCGGACGCGAGCCGCCGCCCCCGCCGCCGCCGCCGUCAUCCGGAGGACGAUACCGCCGACGGUCCCCGCCCCUGCCGCCGCCCUCCCCGCGGCCGCAGCACCACCAGCGCCGGGCCCCGCCGCGGCGCAGCAGCCCCGAACGGCCGCCCCCGCGCCGCCUGCUGGCGUUGGACGAGAAGCCCCUCCCGCCGCCGGCGGCCGCGCUCGUCGUCGCCGCCGAACGGCGCUGGCGCAACGACGUGCUCCUCGAGGCCGGCCGCCUGGCCGCCCACUACCUGGUCGCGCAGGGCGUCCUCCCCGACCACCUUCUCCACGCCCGGGAACACCCCAGCCCCAAGCACCACCACGUUCUCCACGCCAGGGACGACCCCAUCCCCAGCCCCCGCCCCGAGAUCUCCGCCCCCGCCGCCUACGCCAGGAAGAGGGAUGACGACGGGCCGCCGCGCCCUGAUGACGACCCCAGAUGGCGACGCAACGGCGGCGGCGGCGCCGACUGGGGCCGCGACAAGAGGGACGAGGACGACGGCGCCAGGCUCGCCCGGGCCAAGUCGGGCUGGGACCGCAGGACCCAGAGCUUUGACGGAAGACGCAGGUACAACGAGGGCGAUGGCGGACGCGGUGCUGGCGGUGACGCCGACCGGGGCGUUCGCCGGAGCCACCCGUACGACGAGAAGAGGAGACCCGCCAUGUCACGCUCCUACUCCCAGAACGACCGCCGGGCCUCCAGCGACGACCGCCGGCCGCCCCCCAUCGAUGACCGCCGUUUGCCCUCUGUUGACCGCAGACUGGACCGGAAGCGGAGGAGCAGAAGCAGGAGUAGAAGCCGGAGCCGGAGCCGGAGCAGAACCAGGCCCAGGAGCUCUUACAGUGGCGGCCGGAGGGAUCCAGACUGGCGACCACGCGGUGGUGAUUUUGAUCAGCCACGCAGUGGCGAUCUGGAUCAGAGCAAGGUGCCAGCAGAGUCUGCAACUGUUGCCAGCCGCGACCGCGAUGUGGACGGCGAUGAUGUCGAUAAACUGCCGGGGGAUCCGAAGAUUCCUCGCUCGGAGGUGGUGAUGGUGGAGGCGAAAGACGGUGCCGGCCGCGAAGAUGAAGCUGCAGUGGAACCAGAGCAUGAUGGUGCCAGACAUGAAGAUGAAGAGGCAGAGUAUGAGUAUGAAGAGGUGGUGGAAUCAGAUGAUCAUGGUGAAGAUGAUGAUGGUGUCACCUAUGAAUAUGAAGAGAUGGAAGCAGAGGACAAUGGCCAGGACGAUGAGGCUGCUGCUGUUGCUGGCUUGAAUGAUGCUGAUGCUGAUGCUGCUGAAAUAAAUGCCAGCCACCAACUGCCCAUGGUGGAUGUUCAUCCAUCACAGGCUGCUGAGGAACCGGCGCACACGCAGCCCCAGCUCAGCUACGUCGAGGAGGCCACGGAGGCGGGCGUUGCGCGUGUGGAUGCAUGCCUGAUUGAACCAGUGGCUGAGAACAGUGGUUGUUCUGAGGUUACAGGUGAAACGGAGGAUCUGCAGAGUCAACCUGGAACUGGACUUCAAGCUGGAGGUGAAAUGGAGGCUCUGCAGAGUGAACUUGGAACUGAACUUCAAGUUAGAGGUGAAAUGGAGGUUCUGCAGAGUGAACGUGAACUUCAAGUUGCAGGUGAAAUAGCGGCUCCGCAGAGUGAACUUGAAGCUGAACCACAAGUUACCGAUGAAGUGGCGGCUCCGCAAAGUGAACGUGAAACUGAAAUUCAAGUUGCAGGUGAAAUGGAGGCUCUUCAAAGUGAACCUGAAACUGAACUUCAGGUUGCCGAUGAGAUGGAGGCUCCGCAAAGUGAACUUGAAACGGAACUUCAAGUAGCAGGUGAAAUGGAGGCUCCGCAUAGUGAACUUGGAACUGAACUUCAAGUGGCAGGUGAAAUGGAGGCUCUGCAAAGUGAACCCGAAACUGAACUUGUCGAGGAAACCCCACAAGCGGAAAUUGAGCUUGGAACUGAACAUCAAGUGGCAGGUGAAAUGGAGGUUCUGCAAAGUGAACCUGAAACUGAACUUGUCGAGGAAACUCCACAAGCGGAAAUUGAGCUUGGAACUGAACUUCAAGUGGCAGGUGAAAUGGAGGCUCUGCAAAGUGAACCUGAAACUGAACUUGUCGACGAAACUCCACAAAUGGAAAUUGAGCUUGGAACUGAACUUCAAGUGGCAGGUGAAAUGGAGGCUCCGCAAACUGAACAUGAAUCUGAACUUGUUGAGGAAACUCCACAAAUGGAAAUUGAAGCUGCUGAUGGUGAUCCUACUAGAGAUGAAGAAGAGCUGCCGGCUUGGUAUCAAAUUUUUGACCUCAAUGUCGACGGAACUCGUGAGAGCUGUGAAGUGACUGAGAUUCCUGGUGAUCCUCCUGAAGAACAUGCUUGUGAUUCUCUGCCUGAUUUAGUUGGUCAGAUGAGCCAGCAAGCAUACUAUGAUCCUCCAGAUACUCAAGUUCAAGAUAAACGUGCAGAUGAAAACCAACAGUUCGAGGAUGAUCAGGUGCUUCUAAAUCAGGGUAUUGGCAUGCAUGAUUUGGAUAGGAACUACCAGAACAGCGAGCAGAUGCUUAUAAAUCAGAUAGCCGAUGAGCAUGGACAGGGUGAUCAACAGCUGGAGGGCGAGCAAAUAAACAAUGAGGAAACAAUGCUAAAGCAAGAUGCGGAGGAGCAGGUGCAGAAUGAGCAAUUGUUACCUGAUCGUGCUACAGACGUUAAUCACCAGAUAAAGGAGGAACAAAUGCUUCUAGAUCGUGUUACAGUUGUGCAUGACUUGGAUCAUUGUGAUCUGAACGGUGAACAGAUGCUACUAAAUGAUGGUUCAGUUAAUAAAUCUGCAGUUGAUGGGGACCAGUUAAAGGAUGGGCAAAUGGACCGGGCUGCAAAGAGGCAAGCUACACUUCGCAGCCUGGACAGUGGUCAAAUGAUGAUUCCUAUAAUUAAUUUGGAUGACGACGACGAUGAUGAUGAUUAUGCAGAGCAGCCUGGUACCAGAGAGUUCUUAGAACCCAAAAGUGAUGCCUUACACGUGGAUACUUUUCUGCCAGAACGUAUGUGUUCUCAAGACGAGCAAGCCGCAAGCUUUCCUGACCAUCAGACUAACAUCCCAGCAUCUUCUUCAUCGGUUCCACCACAUUCCGGAAAUAGGUGGACUGGGAUGGGAGCUGUCAAUGCACAGGGAAUUCCCAGUGACGAUGGCGUCCUAUAUGGUGGUGCGUUUGACAAGAUACCAUCAGAAGUGAUCAAUGUGUGGGACCUGCCGUCAUCUGAGCUGGGGAAGUCCUGAUGAGCUAGCCAGCCUUGGUGUGUUGUAACUUGCACUCCAGCUUACUGUGUGUCAGUUGUUAGUUAUCCUGGACCGUCGAAGGCCGGGCGCUGGAGCCGGUCGAGCGGUCGUUGUUGAUGUGAUCUGUACUAUGUGGUCUUAUGCUAGGUAGUAGUUUAGUUGUGUUGCUGUUAGAUCCCUAGUAGUCAUAUUUGGCUGCUGGUCCAGGAAGUAGUGGCUGGUGCCUCCUCUGGUACAGGGUAAGCAAACACUACCCUGUAGGGUAGCUUGUUGACAGCCAGCUGCUCCUCCUACAAGUUUUGACUGCAGAAUGAUACCGAGUCCUGUUCAUCUAA